AUGGUCCAGGACACAGGAUUAGGCCAAGAAAUGUUUGUUGCCGCUUAUGAUCGUUUCGAGGACAAUCGCAAACAGACCGUCUGCUAUCGCUACACGGACGAUGCUAUUGAUGUCGAGGAACACUUGGGACAGAAUGGCGUACCGAAUGAAUAUUUAGGCGAACGUAGCAUUAUGUAUUGCGUUUCGCCUCCCGGAGAAUCCCGCUGGGUGAAAGACCAUCAUGAUCAUAGUGAUCUAAGCACAGUCAUGGAUCGAAUGCAGCUUAAAGAUGGCAAUGAGGGUGUGGUAGCCCGUAAAUAUCCUCUUCCUGGCGAACCUCACUUGCCUGUCAUUGUAAAGUUUUAUAAUGCCACCGAAAAUGUCACGGUCGGUCAACUGAUCCAAGUCGUCGGUGUGUUGGGUAAUCCUGUGGAACCUGAACCGGUCAUGGAAGGAUUUGAUUCGCCACUGGCUCCCUUCACAGGCAUGCCUGUAAUGCAUGCCAUCACAUACUGGCCAUUGUCGGAUCACUUGAAGAGUCCCUUCAACGCCAGCGAUCUCGCUGAUAUGCCGCCUCAAGCACGAGAUAUUCGUCCGCAACUUAUCGAUCACAUUGCCACUGCAUUUGGAGGUGAUAAAUUAGUGGCUGAAUUUAUUUUACUUCAGUUGCUGGCUAAAGUGACGGCUAAAAAUAGAGGCGUCAAAAUCGGCCAGUUGACGCUUAACGUUGCCAACUUUUGCCAAUCUCAAGAUCAAGAGUCUAAGAAGGAAAGCAGCGCUCUGGAAUUCACCAACCCAGCGAGUCGGCGCGUAUUUUCUCUCAUUAGCAACCUUGUACUCCAUGCGGUGCCUUUACCACUGAGCCUGGAAGUGUUGAAUAAGGUCAUCUUUCGACCCAAAAGCGUGAAUGAAAGCCUGCAGGCAGGUGUACUCCAACUUGUCGAUGGAACCACACUCGUCGUCGACGAAACCGUUUUGUCAGAAGGAACUUUGGGCGAUAAUGGUGUCCGUAAUAUUCAAGCACUGAAUAAUGUGAUUGUAAGCCAAACUCUUGCCUACGAAUUUCCGUAUAGCCAAUUUGAUUUCGAUACCGAUCUUGGUAUUAUCGUUCUAUCAAGCACAAAAUCCAUGCUACCAAGCCACUGUGUUGUUCCAUUAGAAGCCGCUUAUCCAUUAGCUGAAGCAAAUGAAGACGAUUUUGGUGCCGUUUCCAAAGACACAUUGCGUUUGUUCCGUACCUUUAUUCAAGCGGCAAAAACUUUAGAUUAUGAAAUUCCAGAGCAUGUUUCCGAGUACAUCCAAGAUGCCUUUGUCCAAAAUCGUAAAGCGGCGACAACCGAAGGCCGCAAGCUGUUAAGCCAAGAGGAUCUGAUGCUGAGAAUGAAUCUUGCACGCCUGAUCGCUGUGUCUUUUGGAGAAACAUCAUUGACCAAGGAAAUCUAUGAUCAUGCUACCAAACUGGAUGAAGCCCGUUUAGCAAGAUUAGAAAGCCAACAGCAAGUUGUCGGUAAAUAG